GAUGAUUUAAUUCCCGGGGAAAAUUAACUAUUGAGACUUUGAUUAUCUAAGGGACUUAAUUGUGUAAUAGACAAUUUAUUAAUAAGUUUUAUCAAAGUGAAACAUUGAUUAUAACCGAUAAGUGUUCACUUGAUUGUGCUAAUUGUUUAAGUGUAUUUCUCACAAUCAGUCGCCCCAAUCUGAUUGCUUAAUUGUGGUAGAUACAAAAUCAGUAUAAAAGUGAUCACUUUCAAGAAAGUUACUAUUUUUGUCCAUUGACAACAAAUUGUGAACAUUGUUUUUACUUUUGUUGAUUAAGUAAUUUACUUUGAUAGUAGACUAAAUCACUAUGACCGAUCGAACUGUUGAUCGUUUGAAUGGGAUCACCCCGAGUGCUUUGGAUCUAAUUGGUAAUACCCCGUUAAUUGCUCUCGAUCGUUUAUGGAAAGGACCUGGUCGAUUGUUGGCUAAAUGUGAAUUUCUUAAUCCAACGGGAAGUCUUAAAGAUCGUUCAUCGCUUUUUAUGAUCACCAAAGCUCGAGAAUCGGGUAAACUAAACGAUGGUGAUCCUGUAAUCGAAGUGACCUCAGGUAAUCAAGGUGGUGGAAUCGCUUGUGUUACAGCGGUUUUAGGUCAUCCGUUUACUGUGGCGAUGUCAAAGGGUAACAGUCCACAACGAGCGAUAAUGAUGAAAGCUCUUGGUGCUAAUUGUAUUCUUACCGAUCAGGUUAAUGGUAAACCAGGUAAUGUUACAGCUGAUGAUGUGGCCGCUGCCGAAGAGGCCGCGAUGAAAGUGAAAGAUGAGAUUGGCGCUUAUUAUGUUGACCAGUUUAACAAUCAAACCAAUUGGUUGGCUCAUUAUGAGAUGACUGGACCAGAGAUUUGGCGACAAACCGCUGGUAAAAUUGACGCUUUUCUGAUCGGCUGUGGAACUGGUGGUUGUUUUGUUGGAACAUCGAAAUUUUUGAAAGAGAAAAAUUCUAACAUCAAAUGUUUCGUAGUUGAACCAGAGGGCUGCCAACCAAUCGAAGGUUGUACAAUAACCAAGCCACUUCAUCUUCUUCAGGGGUCAGGGUAUGGGUGCGUUCCAACUCUAUUCAAGCCCGAACUGUAUGAUGGUACAAUGGCCGUUUCGGAUGAAGACGCAGUUAAAUAUCGUAAACUUUUAGGUCAAAAGGAAGGACUUUAUUGUGGCUACACAACCGGGGCCAAUAUCGCAGCAGCAAUCAAAUUACUCCAAUCAGGUAAACUACCAAAAGACGCUGUGGUCGUUACAAUCCUUUGCGACAGUGGCCUUAAAUAUCCCGAAUAGUUUUCAAUCAACUGAUGUUAACCCGAAAUCGAGUUGAAUGGGAUCAUUUUUGAUUGAAAAUGAAUACAUAUCAUCAUCAUUCAAAUAGUAAUCAGGAUAAGUGAACAUGAAUCGAAUGUGACAUUUGAUGAAUGAACAGUUCGAAAAAAAUUACACUCUUACUCGAGGAGAAGCUUUUAAGAAAAUAAGCAAUUUCUAUUCUAUUUCUAUUAGUGGAAAAGAUUUUCAUGGAAAAUACUUGAGAAAAUUCAUCUUCCCACCUUAGGCGAAGAAGAAAAAAAUGUUCAAUUCCAUAAAUAAAGUAACUUGAACUCGAAA